AAUCUGUCAUCUGACUUUGACGCAGGCACUCCAGCUUCCGGAAAGUCAACUGCAACAGCGGAAAAAGCGAAACAUGGCUCCCAAACUUGAACUUCCAAGCGCCGCGUUGAUGGUCGGGCUGUUGUUUUUCUCCCUGAUCCCCCCGGCAGAGGCUUACGAUGCCGGGGACGCUCUGGCCCUGCUGCUGUGCACCAUCCUCACGGUGGUGGGUUUCUGCGCCUGCCUCGGCUGGUACGCGCGGAGGCGGAACGGGCAGCUGUGACGAUGACGAGACGGGAUUCUCCAGCUGCUACCUGCUACCAACCACCACAUUAUAAUACGAAUUUUGCGUGAUCACCUUUUGUGGCACAGGCUUUGUGUCUUAAAGACUGAUAAGAAACGUGCCUUACUGGGAUUAAUGCGGCAAGUUCAACGAGGACCACGCGGAGUUGAAGAAGGUGGAGCGUAACUUCCAGGAAGCAAACAGGAACUGUUGCUCGUUGCACUGCUGACAUGAUUAUUAUUAAUGACCAAAAACACUGUUGCCUUCACUCUGAACAGACUUCUGCAGCUGUAGCAGGCUCCCUAAAAUGCCCACACUAUGUACAUUUUCGCGCACAUUUUCCAUCUGUCGAGGGGAUUUCCUGACGCGUUGCGCUUAGAGUGACUGUCACCGUUGGAAGCGCAGUAUCACAUGAUUGGAGUGUGUUUUGCAGUUUUGUCACUGUUGCUAAUUAAACAUGUAGAAUAAACGCGACACUUAACAACUUAUGUUCGUGUGUGGAGACGGUGCUUCAUUGCAUUCAGGUUGAACAGAUCCUCCACUAAAUGAACCGGGUUUAGCAGAUCGGAGAGUAAACAUUGCAAUCUGUCGUCUGCAGCCUGUAUUACUGCUCUGGCGUGCCUGUCAUUCCAUGCUGUAACAUAUAUUUGAAGUGUGUUGAAAGUUUAGUGCAGGGAUGUCAAAUACAAGGCCCAGGGGAGCAGAGUUGGCCCAGCAAAGGCUUCAAUCUUCAUAGAUUUUGGACUUAUAGUUGUAUUUUUAGAAGGUUUAUAGCUUUUCCUACUUGUAGAAAACUCACAAAUGACCAUCCAUGUGACACCAAGUAAUUAGGAAAUAUAUUAAAUGUACUAUAGAAAUUUUAGUGGGUCAACAGUAACAAUGGAAGUCCAAAGAGUCAUGCUGACAGAUUUCU